CUGACAAGACUAUAAAUGCCCCAUAUUGAUGAGAGGUUCAGCAUUCGUGAACUGAAAGGGACUAGUGCAGCUGCGUCUGUCUUAUUCACAUUCCCGGUAACCGUCAUAAACUCAAAAGGGGAGGAGAUACUGAGAAGAUUCCAAGCAUUUAGAAUGAGAUCUCUCCAAACUGUUCUGCCGUUGCUAGCCGGCGCUGUGCUGUGUUUGGGGUGCACCAUGCUGCACGCAGCUCCCCUGCCAGAGUUCUCCGGGGAUCAGGAUUUCCAGCAAUUCCUGCAGAAGGACCUGGAAUACAUCCGCAAAAUCAAAGGGGACGUCGCCCAGGUGCAGGAGCUUGUGUGCACGACCCUUCAGCUCUGCAACGAGGAGGAGCUGAUGCUUGUCAAGCAAAAACUGGGCAUUUCCCAGGCUCCGCUGAACCAGUGUCACAGCAAGACCUUCCAAGUGGAUGCCUGCUUCAGCCAGAUCCGGGAUGGACUUCAAAUCUACCACGGCCACCUCGCCAUCCUCCUCCAGCUCCUGCCGGCUCACUCCAGCCUAGUGGAUGCCCUCCGGCUGGACGUCUCGAACCUGUCCACUAACAUCCAGCAGCAGAUGGAGGAUCUGGGGCUGAACACGGUGACGUACCCCAAGGCCGAGGGCCAUGGCACCCUCCCCAGCCUCUCGUCCGACUUCGACAAACAAGCCAGCGGAUUCAUCAUCCCCGCCAACUUCAAGCGCUUCCUGGAGGCGGCCUUCCGGGCCCUCCGCCACCUCACGCUGGUGUGAAGGGGUGCAGGGACGCGCUUCCCCCACCGCAGCCUCCUGCCCAGCGUUGGAGCCUGAGAAGUCCCAUGCCUUGGGGACGCUCCCGGCUUUGAGAUCUAAGGGGGACCUUUAUGGGGGGGGGGGGGGUGUCUCUGAGUGGGGGAAGGGCAGCAUCUCCCAGCUGGAGGAUGCUCUGCUCAUCCAGCCUAGAUUCUCCCUUAUUCCCAGCCCAUCCCCCACCACCUCCAACCAUCACUCUCUGCAAAGCAACAACCCAGGCUUAACUAUUGGACUGGGAUAUUAGCAGCAGCUGCCCCUUCCUCUCUGGGUCAGCAGCAAACACUGCCCCAAACCCCUGUUUACUAUCCCCCAGGGUUUGAGGCUGGGCAUAGUUCUCUUUUAGGGUGACCAGAUAGCAAGUCUGAAAAAUAAGGACGGGGUGGGGGGUAAUAGGCGCCUGUAUAAGACAAAGUCCCAAAUACUGGAACUGUGCCUACAAAAUCGGGAUAUCUGGUCACCCUAUGCUCCAUAAAGGUUAUUUAUUUCUCAUUUGUGAGCUUCACCACUGGCUGGUGGAUCCACGCACACGGCCCCAAUGCAAACACUGCCCAGCUUAUUUAAUAUUUAUCACUAUUUAAUAUUUAUGGGGGUUUGGAAUCUGUUGGCAGAAGUAUUUAAGUGCAAAAAUGGUCUACGGUAUAUUUUUAAAGUCAAAAUCCAUUUCCUUUAUAACGAAUCACAGGCAUCAUCAUUGAAUGUUUUGCAGCAUCAGAAAAUCCAGGAGCAGGGCCUGGGCUGCUGGAUGUGCAUUUUUAUGUGUGUGUGCAAUGUAGUUACUGUUUAAUAUUUAAACAAAUGAGCAUCUCCAGUACCAGGUGUUUGCUCUUUGGUAGCUGGACCAAGCAUAAGACUGGGAGCCAAAAGCUCCUGGGUCUAGUACCAGCUCUGGCCCAACUCCCCGUGGGAUCUUGGGCAAUAAUCAGUGCCUCAGUUUCCCCAUCU